AUGACCAAAUUAUUCAUCACCGGUGUCACGGGCUACAUCGGCGGCGACACAUUAGCGACGCUUGUUGCCAACCACCCAGAGUUCUCAUAUUCAGCCCUUAUUCGCACAUCCGAAAAGGCCAAACAGGUGAAGGACAAGUACCCAUUUGUCCGCAUCGUAAUCGGAGACCUGGACGAUUCAGCCUUGCUGGAGCGAGAAAGUGCCGCCGCAGAUAUCGUACUGCACACUGCAGAUGCAUCGGACCAUGUGGGCGCUGCAAAAGCCAUCAUUGCCGGUCUAGUAGCUGGCCACACCAAGGAAAACCCAGGUUACUUGCUACACACCGGAGGAACUGGCAUCCUGACAUGGGAAGACAGCGACAAGGACGAAUACGGAAAUAAGAGCGAGCAUGUGUACAAUGACUGGGAUGGAGUGGAUGAAUUACUCAAUCUACCAGAUCACGCGUUCCAUCGGAAUGUUGACCAGCUCGUCCUCGGGGCUGGAACCCAGCAUGCCGAUGUGCUCAAGACAGCACUCGUUUGUCCACCUACAAUCUACGGCAAAGGACGAGGUCCAGUUAACCAACAUUCGCGCCAGGUAUACGUAUUGGCGAAUAUGACGCUUCGUCGUCAGAAGGGCCCGAUAAUCGGCGCCGGCCAGUCAAUUUCGAAUCACGUCCACGUCCAGGAUCUGAGUGACGUCUAUGUUCUACUCAUUGAAGCGGCGAUUGCAGGCCGAACUGAUGAUGGGCUCUGGGGUCAUAGGGCCUACUACCUUACCGAGAAUGGGGAACACUGCUGGGGUGAGCUAGCUCAAGCUACAGCAGAUGCAGCCACGAAACUGGGGUACCUGCCUGAGGCAAAGACCGAGGCACUCGACCCCAAGAGCGCCAAGGAGCAUGCAGGAUAUGAAUCUCUCAGUUGGGGGAUGAACUCUCGUGGUCGCUCGCAGCGGGCACGCGAAAUCUUGGGAUGGAAUCCAUCACGUCCCAGCCUGGUGGAUGAACUACCGGAGAUUGUUCGCGUUGAGUGGCAGAAACUGCAAGAUGCCUAG